AUGCGUCCGAUACAUCAACUGUUCGGCAGCGUGAUUCCCAUGAUCGCGAGCAUAGCGAUCUUGUUCUACGUCUGCCGGCGCUAUCCGUGCGUGGGACAGGUUCGUCGGGCGCGCGAAAAUAUCCAGUACAUCGGCGAGCAAGUGGUCAAGGGAAUGGAUGAGAUUGAAGGGGACGUAGGUGAGGAAUUGCGGAUCACCGAUCGAUUGACCGUUCAGAGUUCGAAGUUGGCCACGGUGUUACGACGAUUCGCGGAGCUGGAAGAGACCGUCAUAGAGUUGGUUCGGAUGGAUCGCAACAGGGAGAGCGUCAGGAUCGAGACACCCGAGAACGUGAACGAGGAGAUCCGAAGGAUCAUCGCAGCUGUAGAGGAGAAAAGAAAGGAGACGCGAGAAGAGCAACGCGCUGGAGAUACCAGAGACGGAAUUGCUACGGUUCGCGACACCCUCACCACUCAUCGGACUGCGUUGUCAAAAUUUUCGACCUGUGGUCCACGGGAAAUCGCGUUCGAUCGACCUCGAACCCCCAUCACGCCGGAAGUCCGACUUCUCGGCGAGCAGAUGAAACCGACAACGCCGACGGCGAUCGGUUCUGGAGCAGAGGCGAAACGAGAAUCAUAG